AUGUUCGCCGCUGCUCGUAGUUCAUUGCGCUCGUCGGUCUCGAGGACUGGCCACUAUGCCGCCUUGCCACGUACCAUGAUCGCCCGCAACAUGAACUCCAAGGUCAACGGCCCCGUCGUUGGUAUUGACUUGGGAACGACAAACUCUUGUGUUGCCGUCAUGGAAGGCCAGUCAUCGCGCGUCAUUGAAAACGCUGAGGGUGCCCGAACAACGCCCUCAGUUGUUGCUUUCACCAAGCACGGCGAGCGACUGGUUGGUCUGCCAGCGAAGCGACAGGCUGUUGUUAACGCAGCGAACACUGUCUUUGCUUUCAAGCGUCUGGUUGGUCGUCAAUACAGUGACAAGGAAGUGCAGGACGACGCCAAGCACUGGCCCUUCCAAAUCGUGAAGAAGUCCGACGGUCACCCCGCCAUUGAGGUCGACAACGGCGGCAAGCGACAGACCUUCACUCCCGAAGAGUUGUCGUCAAUGGUCCUCGUCAAGAUGAAGGAGACCGCAGAGCAAUACCUCAACAAGAAGGUCAACCAUGCCGUUGUCACCGUCCCCGCCUACUUCAACGACGCUCAGCGACAAGCCACCAAGGAUGCGGGUCAAAUUGCCGGUCUUGAUGUGCUUCGAGUGAUCAACGAACCUACCGCCGCCGCCCUCGCCUACGGCUUGGACCGCGCCGACAACUCUGUCAUUGCCGUCUACGAUCUCGGUGGUGGUACCUUCGAUAUUUCCAUCUUGGAGAUGCAGAAGGGCGUCUUCGAGGUCAAGUCCACCAACGGUGACACACAUCUUGGUGGUGAGGACUUCGACGUUGUCCUCGUCGAGCACAUCCUCGCCGAGUUCCAGAAGGAGAGCGGCCUUGACCUCAAGGGUGACCGAAUGGCCAUCCAGCGUGUCCGUGAAGCUGCGGAGAAGGCCAAGAUCGAGUUGUCCUCCACUCAACAAACCGAGAUCAACUUGCCCUUCAUUACGGCUGAUGCUUCGGGUCCCAAGCACAUCAACCUCAAGCUUAACCGCUCUCAGUUUGAGGCAUUGGUCGACCCCUUGGUCAAGCGCACUUUCGACCCAUGCAAGAAGGCCCUCUCCGACGCUGGCGUCAAGGCUUCCGAAGUCAACGAGGUUAUCUUGGUUGGUGGCAUGACCCGUAUGCCCAAGGUCGUCGACACCGUUAAGAGCAUCUUCGGCCGCGAGCCUAGCAAGGGCGUCAACCCUGAUGAGGCUGUUGCUAUUGGUGCUUCUAUCCAAGGUGGUGUCCUCGCUGGCAACGUCACCGACAUUCUUCUCCUCGACGUCACCCCUCUGUCCCUCGGUAUUGAGACCCUCGGUGGUAUCAUGACCAAGCUCAUCAACCGCAACACCACCAUCCCCACCAAGAAGUCCCAGGUCUUCUCCACGGCUGCUGAUGGCCAGACCGCCAUCGAAGUCAAGAUCUACCAGGGUGAGCGUGAGCUCGUCCGUGACAACAAGCUCCUCGGCAACUUCAACCUCGUCGGCAUCCCUCCCGCCCCCAAGGGUGUCCCUCAAAUUGAGAUCACCUUCGACAUCGACGCCGACGGUAUUGUCAACGUCUCCGCCAAGGACAAGGCCACCAACAAGGACCAGUCUAUGACCAUUGCUUCUUCGUCCGGUCUCUCUGAUAAAGACAUUGAGCGCAUGGUUGCCGAGUCCGAGCAGUACGCUGAGGCUGACAAGGCCCGUCGUGCUCUCAUUGAAGAGGGUAACAAGGCCGACUCUGUCUGCCACGAUACCGAGAAGGCCAUGAACGACUUCAAGGACCAACUGGAUGCCGCUGAGAAGGAGAAGGUUUCCAAACUUCUUGUCGAGUUGCGCGAGCUCGCCACCAAGGGUCAAGCCGGCGAUCCUUCCGUCACCCCCGAGCAGAUCAAGGAGAAGAUCAGCGAGACCCAGCAGGCCUCUCUUGGUCUCUUCCAGAAGGUCUACGAGAAGCGUGCUGCUGAGUCCUCGUCGUCUUCGUCGUCCGAGUCUGAGAACAAGGAGGAGAAGAAGGACUAA